AUGGACCAACUCCUCAUCCUCUCCAACGCCCAAGUGGAGGAGUUCCUGCACCCGUUCCGGGCAGGCCUGAGAGAUGUCCACUCGGACACCAAGCUGGCGACGCUAGGCGCUAUCACCACGCUUCUGACUUCGAUAGAAAAGGACGCCUGGGCGCCCCUGGAGCCGCUUCUGGAAGACAUUCUCGAGCUCUACGACCCGAGCUCUUCCCCCAACAAGCCCACCCAGAUGAAGACCUACAAGAAGCUCAUUGCCCUCGCCCAGGUGGCACCCCGGUUUUUUGCCCCCAAGUUCCUCGAAUUCGCUACUCUAAGCACAGAAAUUGUGUCUACAAAACGCCAUCCUGUCGAGUUCCGGCUGCUCCCUCUCGAAUUCAUGACCAUGUUUGUCACCGGUGUCCCCCACCUCUGCCGUGCCAGCCCCGGCUUCAUCAAGAACGUCAUCUCCUGCUGCGUUCAGAUGAUCGCCGAGGGAGAAGACACAAAGAGCAAAGACAGAGAGUUCAACAACUCUGCUGAGAAAGAGGCGUGUCAGUUUCUGACCAUGCUGGCCCGAGAACUCCAGGAAACCGUGGUGAUGGCUUUGUUCAACUACCUCAAAAUCCAGGAGACCUCUCUCGCGUCCACAUGGCAGAACCGGUACGCCACCCUCAUGGCCAUUGCCUCCAUUUCUGAGGGCUGUCCUUCGACAAUUCUCAAAGAGGAAUAUGAGGUGCUCAGGGCCAUCGAGAAGGCCUUGUGCGAUUCAAGCACCAGGGUACAGUGGGCAGGAUGUCAUGCUCUCGGGAGAAUUAGCGUCGAUCUCGCAGGAAAGGUCCAGGUGAGAUAUCAUGAGCGAGUAGUCGCUGCUGUAACCCGUACGUUGAGAACCCCCCGAGCAGAUAAGGCUGUGCUGGCCUCGUGUGCCACAGCUCUUGCCCACUUUUGCCACAAUGCUUCCAAACAAAUUCUAACUCUCUAUGUAGACGACGUUGUCAACACCCUGCUGCAUCUCGUCGACGAAAAGGAUAACCCUCUCUACCUCAAGCAAGAGGUAGUGUUUGCCGUCGACCGCAUCGCGUCUAUUGCACCCGACAACUUCGUGAAAUGCUACGACAGAUUUACCCCAUUGCUAGUUUCACUAUUGAAUUCUACCGAUUACACCGCCGACGAGAAAAUCCCCUUCCUCGAGUGCACCGGCACUAUUGGAGCUGCUGUGGGCCGUGACCGGUUCUCUCCUCACGCCGAAGAGCUCGCCAUUACGUACAGUGCACUUCGAGAGACUGGAUCUUCUCUCAAAUUCUUCUCUGCUCUCGCCAUGGCGUGGACCAAGAUCAAUCCGCUUAUGGGACACUCUCAGUACCUCGAUGAGAUUGAACGUGUUGUCCGUCCUCUCAUUGAGUCUGCACAGGUGGUUCCUAAGAUGGUGAUGAUAUAUAACGACGACGAUGUCCGACGGUUUACCAAGGCCAGCGACUGGCAGGUAUACAUGCUUGGAGGCAAGGCUCUGUGCACCAGCAAGCGAGAGCUAGAAGACAAGGCUCUCGCCAUCGGAACCCUCACUUCCAUGACUAUGCUUCUGAAGGAUCGAAUGUUCCUAAAGGACAAGCUCGUCGAAAUCACCGAGCUGUGGGUCAAGCGCUUUGAGUUUGAGAACGUUCAGUCUAUGGCUGCCAAGCUGUUCCCUCAUCUUCUCGAGGCCAUCUUGCUUGAUGGUCAGACCACCGGUGCCAUGUAUCGUCUUGACAGAGCCUGGGGUCUGAUUUUCAACUGCGCCAUGUCCGUCAUGAGCGAGAACAUGACUGUUGGCACCCUUGCCACCUUCUACCGGGAAAUCCAUAGCACUGUUCGAAAGCUCGGUCGCACUUCGCUUGUCGAUCGACAGAUGAAGGAGCUUGUUACCGUCCUAGUUCUCAACAUGUCUCAGCUUGCUGAUCGACACACCCAGCACUAUCUCGAGCUUGGUUCUGCUGCUCCCUUCAUGAGUGCCGACGACCGAGAGCUGAUUUCCGAGCAGAAGAAGAUUGUUCUGUACGCCCAUGCCAUCAAGGGCAGUCCCUUCAUCUCGCUGCUUGAGGAGAAGCUUAUGUCCAUGCUCAAUGAUGUUUCUGCCCCUCGUACCGUCACCCAGGGUAUUCGAAUUCUGUCUUUCCUGCUGGAGAUUUAUGGCCGUGAAGUCGCGCUUUACUCUCUCAUCACCAAGGUGACCUCGUCCAUGUACUCUCUUGACCUCGGUGUUCGAGCAGAGGCGAUCCGAUGCAUUGGUAUUGCCGCCGAGUUUGGCGGCGAGGCCUAUUCCCAGUACACUGUGCACCGAUUGAACGACCUGUUCAACUUUGCUGCUUCACGUGACCACGAGGCCAUGUACUGCAUCGAGAAUGCUUGUGCCACCAUUGCCAAGAUUGCCAAGAGCGGCGUGCUCACCAAGGGCUCGGAUCUGUCCAACAUGGCUGUCGAUGCAUUCCUCAAGUCGCUUCCUAUCACACGAAUCCGCGAGAUUGCGCCCACUGCGUACGUCUUUUUGAUGGAUCUGAUGGACAGCAACCACCCUGCUGUGAAGGAAGGCGCCGAGAAGAUGAUUGGGUCAAUCGAGGCUGCGUUCGCAGAAAAUGUGCUGGAGGAGGAACAGGCGCGAGAGCUGAUUCUCGCCAUCCCUGGCUGGCUUUACCGAGACUUCCAGAACGAGCCCAAGCGGAUGCGACAUCUUGAGUCCAUUCUGUCGGACGGCAUACAGGCUGUUAUUCGGAAUGUCCGAAACGCCAUUUAG